AACAGCUGAUUCACCGAAAACAAAUCAAUUGCUGAUUAGAGAAAAGUAUUGUACGAUUGAUUUUGAGUAAAGUAAACAUAGUUGGCACUUAAUUAUUAAAAUAAGAAGUUACUUAAACACAAACUAAACUCCAAAUAACGUGGAACAUACAGAAGGUCCUUAUACGCCGUUUGCAUUUCCGCAUAGGUGCACGAAGCAAAAUGGAGCAACUAUCUGGUGUUAUGAUUAUCAUCAUAAUUGGUGGGGGUGUGCUGACUUUUGUGAUGCUAUUUAUUUUUGCAAAACGCCAAAUAAUGCGAUUUACCUUGCGAAGUCGACGCGGACCACAUGUACCAAUAGGCAAUGAUGCGAAGAAGACGCUGCGAAGGGAGAUCGAACGCCGUCUUGAUUGUAUACAAAAAAUAACGCAAGAACCCAGACUGCUUUGGAAUGAUGACAAGUAUAUUUUGCGCACGGAUCAACUUCUCCCACCCUACUAUUAUCGCAUGAAAGCUGUUGAUGAUGUGAAAAUAUUAGAAACCGAGAUUAUGCGCAGCGAUGGUAGUAUGCGGCAUCCGUAUGACAGUUUGCGUGCUUUUCUACUCACCACACUGGCCGCUACCACACUGAAUGGCUCCGGACAGCAACGCAUGAUACAUCAAUUUUGCGAUAUGUACGAACAUGCACGUCACGACCCUAAUGAAUUCGGUAGUGAGGAAUAUGAAUCCUAUCAUCGUUUGUUACUAAAACUGAUUGAAGCCGCUAAGCAACUGAAGUCCUUGAUCAGCUCGCGCAAAACUUCACCAGCACGAACGCCCAAAAAACAAACUAAAAUGCAUUCACUACUAGAUCCGGCACGAUUACGGCCACCUGCUACCACACCUAAGCUACCCACAAAUGCUGGUUUACCUGUAGGACAACAAUCUAAAGUGAAUUUGACACUAGGACUACAGGGACGGGACAUGGAUGCUGUAGAUAUAGCCCCAAAUCCUUUACAUUUGCAACCAGCGGCCGAGCGGGAUAUCAUAAUUCGCAAUCGCAUUAAAACACCUACAUUAGAUGACGAGGAGGAUGAGGAAAUUGAUAAUUUAGGUAACAGCGAAAGCCGUGCUAGAGACUCUGUACGCAUCGAAGAUAUUGACGGUGAAGACAAUGAAGUAAUGAGUAUUUCAUCGGUACAAUUUCAAAGUAAUUCAAAUGUUGUUUGAUUGCUUGAGUAUGCGGCGCGUGCGCGUCACCUCACUAGCGCAUUAAGGCGCCUGCUACCAAAAUGAAAGGAUGCGAGAAGGCAAAGUUGACACUUGAAUGCAUUAAAGAAGAAAUACUCUGCAGAAGUAUGAUGAGAAACAAACGAAAUAUUAUAUGACAUUCCUUAUCAGCGCCAAUCUCUUAUUCCCGCUCAAUGCCAAAAUUAUCAAUCGUAGGAAUUUAGGUAUUAAAUGGGAAUUUAAUACUUUUAAGACUAAGGUUUGCAUUAAAAAAUGUGCAUAAUGCAAGUAUGCCAGUUUAAUUUCAGAAAUUAGUUGAUAAACUAACGUUAGUUCUAGUAAUAUGCAUAUGUAUAUACAUAAAUACUGUUUAAAUUAAGGGGUUAUAUACAGUUAGAAUUUUCAAAAAAUAGUUAAUGUACAUAUAUUUAAGAAUACACACAGAAAAUUUAAAAUCGUUCCGGUGAAUAUUUUCGAAGUUACACGCAAAUUAGAAAAGGCGCUUCAGAGUGCUUGAAAGUAUAAGGCCGGCUUACUUGGAACUUUAAACGCGUUUUUCUCAAAAUGGUAUUUUGAAAGUCGGUGACCAACAUUACUCGAAAACGGCUAAACCGAUUAGUCUCAAAUUUUAACACGAGCUUCUUAAAUACAUGUUUUAGUAGUUAAUCGAAGAUUUUUUUUCAGCAGUAAAUAUUUUUUUUAUAAACAAUGUAAGGCCAAAUUUUUUUCAAAAAUCGAUUGUUUUUUUUUGAGAAACCGUCAUUUUGUCAAAAAAAAUUAUUUUGCUUAUUUGAUCGAUUAAUUACUAAAUUUAACAUUACUAUAACGAAAUCUGUUUGGUUUUUUAAUUUCAGAUAAUUCAGUUCAGAGAUAUAGUGAUCACCGCAAAACGUCUUUUUUGAGAGGAGCUCCCAGAGAUCAGCUGUAGCUCCUUUCCAAAUAAAUAUUUUUACUAAUACUGAGUCUUAAAAUACAGUUAAAAGAUAACAUAAUAUGUGUACAAAUUUUUAGAUCAAUAAAUUUAAAAGUUUUCUCAGAAAAAAUUCACUUUUUUUCGGCCUUCUAACUGUAUAGGUAUAACCCCUUAAAUAUAUUGUCAUUAGGUUACCGCUAAGCCACGCGAAUAUUAGCACUACUGCAUACUGAUAUUAAUUUAGUAAGAAUAAAUAAAAUAA